AUCGGCCACCUCACUGUGUCCAAGUGCGGUCGUUCCCAGGUUCAGACCCUUUCAGCAUUGAAUCUUCCGCCUCCGGCUCCUCCCCCCCAACACAAGUCGCCAAGCUGGAUUUCCUGCAGAUGAAGCACCUGAAACGCAAGCGGAAGAGCAACUACAGCGUGAAGGAGACGCAGACGCUGAUCCGCGAGAUCCACAAGCGCAAGGACAUCCUCUUCUCCAGGCAGCAGAACACUGCCAUCAAUGAGCUGAAGCGGCGGGCCUGGGACGAGGUGGCGGACUGCGUCAACGCGCUGGGGGAGGGCGAGCUGCGCACCGCGGCCGAGGUCAAGCGGAGGUACCUGGACUGGAGGGCGUUGAUGAAGAGGAAGCAGAUCAGAGCGGAGCUGUCUGGCCUCAAGAACGAGUAUGACCCCUCGUCCCCAGACAACGAGAACUCCUUGAGCGGGGACCAGUCUGUGGACCUGAGUGGGUUCCCGAAGGACUCGGCCUGCGACUGGCAGGACCUCUCUGACCUGGGCGAGCCCAGCAGUCACACCUCCUCUGGCAUUAAGAUGGAGGAUGAGGAAGCCAACAGCUACAGGCUUGAGGGUGAAGGUGGAGAGGGAGAGGGAGAAGGGGAGGAGGAGGACGAAGACUGCUUCCCAUCCAUCCUGCCGGACAUGGAGCGCGAGGGGCGCGUCCCAGAGGUGUUUGCCCACAUCGACGAGUUCGGCAUGCUUAGCUCCACCAAGGCUGCGGGCAGCCGGGACCUGGGGCUGGGCAUGGGCGUGGGCGUCGGCGUGGGCGUUGCCGGGGUGGGCGUGGGCGGGGCCGACAGCACGGGGCUGCUGAUCGCCCUGGAGAAGCAGAGGCUGGACCUGGAGAAGCACCGCCUGCAGGUGGAAACAGAGCGCCUGCAGGUGGAGAAGGAACGCCUGCUCGUGGAGAAGGACAAGCUGCGGCAGGUGGACGUGGAGCACGAGCGGCUGCAGCUGGAGAAGGAGCGGCUGCAGGUGGAGCGCGAGCGGCUCCGGCUGCUCAUGUUCCAGGCGGAGCGGCCGCCGCCUCCCUCUGCCAUGGACUGCGAAAAGGAGAGGAAGCCCUGGCAGCCGGCCGUGGACCUGGAGGCAGAGAAGCUGAAGCUGGAGAAGGAGAGGCUGCAGCUGGAGAAGGAGCGGCUGCAGUUCUUCAAGUUCGAGUCGGGCCGCCUGCAGAUAGAGAAGGAGCGCUUCCAGGUGGAGAAGGAGAGGCUGCAGCUGCAGAAGGACGGCCAGCAGAUGGCGCUACACCAGGGGCACUAGAGCCUUCAAAGAGGUCUUUCAUCCUGAGACAGAGACAGAGAGCGGGAGAGAGAAAAGACGGGGUGGGUGGGCACAGAAACCUGGGCGGACAGAGAUCAGAUUAGAGAGAAACAGAGGGAUGUGCUUUGAUAUUUAUGUGGUUAAUGUCAAGAGGAGGGUGGCAGACCUUCGUCUUCAGGAGCUAAUGAGUGUUGUCAGUUUGUUUUGUCCAGUCCUUUGAUUGCAUGGUCAGUUUAGUCAGUAGCUCUAAUGACUAUGUGUGCAGGGUAUUCAGUAAAUGUAAGAGCAGAAGAAACAUGGAGAAUCCACAGGAAUAUGGCCCUCCAGAAGCAGGUCUGUGCACCCUUCAACAGUGUUCAGACUUUUUUAAAAAUAAUGUUACAUGAUUUUUAAUUGCCAGUUUUGGCAGCCAUGUUGUGUAAGCACACCAAUCUGGGCAAUGGAAGUAAGAGUUGUAAUGGUCCCCUAACCCUAAUGACACACAGCGAGUGAUGACAUCACUUCGCAAGUUCAUUACGCCCAGACUUUCUCCUACCAGACGUGUGAGAAUCUUAUGGUAAUCAGUGCUGUGGUACACUUCCAUGUUGUAUCAAACAGUGCCAGUAGCAUCUGUAGUGUAUGUCACUCCAGUAACAGCUUAAGUCUCAAAAUGUUUGUCAUAUUUGUCGGUUUUGCAUACUUUGUACUGGUAAUGAAAUGAGUGACAAGAAAUGCUUUGUUGAUCUGUUAAGUGUUUGUGAAAAGUGCUGUCUGUAAAGUGUAGAAGAAAUUUCCUGUCAGGACUGUUAUCUGUUUGAAGAGGUAUAACAACCUUUAACACCCCCUUCCCCCUGGGCCCCCAAGCAGCUGUAUUUUAACUGUCCAGCUUGAGAAGCUCUUAGCAGACUAACAUGUCCCAUAUAAUUUGCAAGCUGACAAUCUACACUCUGCAGUGAUAAAAUUACUGGUUGUUGUCUUCCAUGGCCUAAAUGAUAUAAAGCAAGUGCAUCCUCUCCCCCACGAUCUCCUGUUAUAAUUAGUAUGUUUUAUUUAGUUUUCUCUGCUUAGUUCAUGAAUUAAAUGCACAAAAUAUACAUGGUUGGAGAUCUGGUGUCUGUCCUUUAUCAAAGGGCAUUCCAUAGCUUAAUUGGCUGGUGCGGAUUCCACUCUGUCUUCAGUGCAAGGAAUGACUGUUUUGAAACCGUGUUUGUUAUGAAACUGGAAUGUCACCUUGAAAACGAUAACUAGAUAGUCAGAUAGUCAUCACUCUGAUGAUUGUUCGCCUAGAUAUUUUCACAGAAAUAUAGUCAGUACAUAUGAAACCUACAUAUGUACUGACACAUGUAGUGACUCUUUGUUAGUUAACUGAGGGCUCAUCCUGUAGCUAAUUUGCUCUGAGUAUCGGACAAAGAAUAGGAAUGUCACACUUCCUGAUGCCAUGCUUAAGAACACAAGAUGUCUGUCUGACAUAUUCUUUCGCAAGGGUGGUUUCUGCAGUUACCAGUCUUCAUGAGACCCGUGCAAUACUAAACAUGGCCAAAUGCCCAUUGUAUGUGUGUAAUAUAAUUACAGGCACAAUGGUCAAGGUAUGGAGAGGAGUAGAAUGAUUUAGAGAAGUUUGGGAGGUUUAGGGAAUACUUGCACCUUGUAUAACAGAAUUGUGCACCAUCUGAGUGGUGUGUUCUACCAGCUCAGUUCUUCCAGGUGGUAGAAGGCCAUAGAAACCCAGAUGUCUUCAUCAGCACUUAAAUGUCAUGAGCACUUGCAAUUGCAUUGAGACAAAGACUACAGAAAAUAUAGAGUUUUCUGCAUAAUCUAAGAACUUUUGUGUAGGUCAAACUUUGAUUGAUUCUGAUCAUUUGUCCACUGUGCCGUAAGUAUGAUCUUUCAUGUGAUAUCUGAAUCAUACCAACUGACUCAAUGCCUUUGAAGCUGCAAGCUGUUAUUCAGAGGAAGGGGAGGAUAGGUGUGAAUUGUGAAAAUAGCUAUUUACAGUAAACUGCAGUACUGUGUGUAGAAGAGCUGUUAUUUAAAGGUGAAGCACAACUAUAUGGUGUAAAUAAGGAGAUUGGUGAGCACCUUUCAAGCAGUCAUGAGAUUUUGUAGAACAGUUUUUCUUCGUCUCUGCUGUUAGACGUUACUGCUGCCUUCCUGUUAAUGUGUUGAAAA